GGCACUUCCGGUUGGCAGCGGCGGGAGCGGGGCGCGGGGCCGGGGGUAGGCGAGUCGGGCCGCGCCGGGAUGGCGCUGGACGUGCGGCGCCUGGAGGCGCUGAGUGUGCACCAGCUCAGCGCGCUGCUGGAAGAUGAGGAGCAGCUGCAGGACAUGGCCCGCGAGAUGGAAGAGGCCCAAAACGUUCAGCACAGCAAGGACAUGACUCUUGCCAGCAACCGCAGCCUGGCAGAAGGCAAUCUUUUGUACCAGCCAAAGUUGGAGUCUUUGAAAUCAAACUUGACUGCAAAAUACCAAGAGCUGCAAGUUCUUUUUGAAGCAUACCAGAUAAAGAAGACAAAAUUAGACAGACAAUCCAGUAAUGCUUCACUGGAGACGCUGCUAGCGCUGCUUCAGACAGAAGGGGCUAAGAUUGAGGAAGACACAGAGAAUAUGGCAGAAAAAUUUCUCGAUGGUGAAAUACCACUGGAUUCCUUCAUCGACGAGUACCAGAGCAAGCGCAAACUGGCUCACCUGCGCCGCGUGAAAAUCGAGAAGCUGCAAGAAAUGGUGCUGAAGGGACAGAGACUUCCGCAGGCUCAGCCGCAGGCUCAGCCGAGAGCGCCUGAGACAACACCAGCACCUCAAGAUUCCUACCCUUCGGAUGCAAACACUCCUUCAGUGGUGCCCCGACGAAUACCACCCCCUCCACCUCCCUCAGUCCCAGCAGGACGCUUUCCUACUCCCUUUACUGCAGCCAUGAGUUCAGGACCAGCUGUUUCUUAUCCAGGUGCUCCGUAUCCUCCUCUCCCACCCCGGCCGGGAGUUCAGCCUGCGAGUCAAAUGCCACAGCCAGGAUACCCAUCUCAGUUUGUACCACAGUAUCCUCCAGCUCUCCCCCAAAGACCACCUCGCCUUCCACCACAUCCUGGCUUUAUCCUCCAGUGAAUAUUUUGGUGCGCCUAACUUCUGUAUUGGUGCUUAUAUUUCCUUUUCCUUCCCUUCAGACACUUAAAGUAGGCAAUGAAAGCCUCUGGUCUUUGCACAAUGGAAUACAAAGUUCAAGCUGUGGCACAGAGGUCUGCAGUUGCCUUUGCUAAAUGUGAUUAUUUUUGUUUUCAGUGACCACAAGGUUUUUCUAGGAAAGUGAUAGGGUCUACAUUUUGUAAGUCCAUCAGAUCCUGAAACAACGUCCAAGUGGAUUUCCUGAUGUUGCAAAUCAAAUCACACCCUGAGUUCUUGUAGUGAUGGUAAAUCAGCAUCCUCUCUAGUCUGAUGUAUUCCCAUCGCAGCUGGAUGUAUGUGUGGCAAAUGGGGAGAUAUUUGUCUCUUUAAAGUAUUGUCUAUCAGUGCCAGUGUUUGGAGAGUAACACCCACAUCUGAAUACUGGGCAGAGAGUUUCAGUGGACCCCACUGGCAUCCCUUGCAGUGUGACCAGACAAGGACAUUUGUGGCCAGGUGCCUGAUAUUUUCAGAGCUCGCUGAGCUGAAACUCUUGUCAGAAAAUGCUGUAUUGUUUUUAGACAGUAAAACUUAACAAGAGUUUCAUUUCUACAUUUCAAUUGUUACCUGAGACUAUUCAUGAUAAGAGUACACACUUCUCCCACUCCUGAGUGGCUUGAUAACCUGAAAGACCUGAUCUCUUGAAAUGAAACUAAACUGUUUGUAGAGCCAGCUUAGAGUUUUGUAAAAACCUUACUGGGCAUUUUUAUUCCCUUACCUGUUAAGACUCUUUCUUAAGUGGUUUUGGUUUGUUUUUCUCUUUUCCACACCUUGGAUACAGAAGUGAUGUUUUUUAUACAGGUCCUUAGCUCCUGAUAUCAGGUGAUUCCAGAAAUCUAGGCAGGGUAUUUUCUUAACCAAAUGCUGGGGUUUCACAUCAUGCAAUUGCCCACUCAAAAUUUCACAAUUUCAUUUUAUCCCUCAAGCUCUGCUCUCUCUCUUGGCAGGACUAUAUUUACCUUUCCCAUUUCCUUCAGUUUUGCAGCUUUUGGCUUGCCUGUCUAUCUGGAGUUUGCAGUUACAGUUUCUCUGCAAGCAGGCAAAGCAGGAAAGCUUUUUGUAGUCGAUGUUGGCUGUUUGGAUAUUCACUUGCCAUUGGAAGAGAGGAGGCUUUUAUGGGGAGCUAAGAUUUCUCUCUCAGUGUAACUCUUGAAGCCUAAGAUGCAGACACAUGCUGGUAUUUUAAUCCAGCACUGGGGGAGGCAAGUCUUGACACUUGUUACUUGAGCAGAGUGUGUCCAUAAAUCCAUUAUCUGUCUCUCACAUCCAGAAACAGCUUUCAACUAAUUCAAUAUAAUGUAAGAAACUGACAGUAAGUUGAGAAUCUGUCAUGGCCCCUAUGUUAUUUGAGGAUGUUUUCAUACCACUGUCCUGGAAUGCAGUGCAUUGUUUGGAAUCUCUACUACAAACAGCAUCAGUCAAAACAGAAUAGCUUUUUUUAUUUCUUAAUGUAAGGCCUUUGUCCCUUAAUGAUUUCCUCUGGAGUAUGGUGGUUGCUAGCAAAUACUAAUCUGAAGUGAAGCUCAUAACAGGAAGCUCUCUAUUCUGAAAAUAGGUCUGUUUGACUUGGUUUGCCUUCUGAAGACCAAGGGCAGAAGGUUUGUCAGCGUUACUGGCAUCUGAACUGGUUCUCCAGUGUAAGCCUGGGAAGUUUCUAGGGAGGGGGGAUUUUGUGAAGCAAUGUGCAUUGGAUUUGUUUGCAAAGUGUGUUUUUUUUUUCUGUAAUCUAGUGAUGAUACAGGAUGUGUGGGGUUCUUUUUUAAACUAGUGUAGUAUCAUUUCUUGGUAUUCUUUUCUCACUGAGGCUGCAUAUGGGCAUGGAUAAUUAUAACUCGUUUCAAAGUAACUUUGCUGUGCUGUUAGUGCUGGUAUUUGGACAGCAGCUGUUGUAUCUGAAUGCUAAACAUGAGUCUGCUGUAGAAAUGAUUUGUGCCCUAGAAGGAAUUAAAGUGUAUGGGGGGGUUACCAGAGUGGUGACUGAGUACAGAGAUUCGUACUGUGAGCCUGCUACACAAAAACUCUAAAUCACUCUCAAAUGAGUUUUUGCUAACAUUUGAUAAACACAACCAGGUGUAUUUUACACUUUAUCAAGUGCCAACGUUUUUCUUUUUAAGGAGGGUUGAAAAUUCCCUGGAGAUCAUGGAGGUGAGAGAUAAAUGUGUUGUGAAUUUGCACUGUGUUUUAUGUAUCUAACUUUAUUGAUAUGAGUAGUUCCAACAAACAAACAAAGUAUUUUUACUACUUGUUAAAUUUUCUGUCUUUUGGUAACUUUUGUGAUAACACAACCUUUCAGGGAAACUUUAUCUAGAGACAAACUCUUGUGCAACCUGAAGACAAGACAAAACUAAUGCAAUUGUUUUUUCCUGUCUCAAAGCAAAAUAAUGCAUUAUUGCAUAUGCAUGUGGCUAAUGUGCCUUAGGAUCACUACAUGUGAUUGUAAUACUAGGAUAUUAGCAUUUUGAUCAUUCAAAUGGCCAUUGCUUAACUCUAAGGGCUCUCCAAGAGCACUUUCUUCUACUACAGACAAAAAACUACUCACCCUUCUACUUCAGAGAAAACAAAAGCUCUAUCUGCUAUUUGUAAGCUUACAGUUGCCUUCACUGAUGGAUAAGUUUGAACGUAGGUGAUGUAACUAAUGUGAUGUUUCAGUUAGAGCUGUCACCUAACUGAAAUCCAGCUGCUCAUGGAAAACAUUUUGCCAUUAAUUGUGUGUGUGUGUGCGCACAAACUGUACAUAUACUUGACUGCUGGUGAUGUUGAAAGGCAGAGAUGCCUGUGGAGAGCUGUUCAAAGUCCUUUCAGAAACAAAAGUUGCAAAACACUAACCCGGAUGAGUUGGGCAAGAGAUGUGUAGGUGCUUUUUUGAUCUCUUGCCCUUCAACAGCUUCUCCUGUUCUGUUAUAGGAAAUAAAUUCUGCUAUGGUUAGGAUGUUUAGAAUUGUACUAAUUUGCACUGUUUAUAAGAUAGUGAGGUUAAAAUGCCAUAGGCAAGCUGAGAGUUGAGAUUGGGUUGGCUCAAUAUGCUUGCCAAAAAAAAAUAUAUAUAUAUUUUAUAAUGUCUGCUGCAAAUAGCAUAUACUUCCCCAGAGCAAUUGGAGUGGAGAAAAAUCUCUUGAAUCUGAUGUGUAACACGGCUUUAGAGUGUUGGUAGUGUUGAAAAUGCUCUCUUUGGGUGGCAGUGCUUCUGCCAGUCUUUUGUAUGCAGUUUUGUAAGUUCUGACUAACUCAGUUGUAUGUGGUUAGGCUGUUGGACUGGUGAUCAGCACUGAAUGGCUCCAACUCAAGGGUGAGUUGCACUGCACUUCAGUGCUGUGUCCCUAGAGGAAGCAGUGUCAGUUCUUCUAGCACAGCUGGUCCACGCAGGUCACCAUUGUGCUGGUGACCCUGGAGGGACUAUAUAGAAUAUAAGCUUUCAUGUGAUGCCAGGAGGCAGAGCCCUGGGCACAGUUUAGUCAUGGGUAAUGGUUACAUUUAGUGCCCCAACUUCCACAACCUCAGUUUCAACCUCUUUUGGGACUUCUCUGCCCUCUCAAACUGGAAUAAUGAUUUAGAUACGGAGCUCAAAUGGACAAUUCUUUUAGCCUGAACAAAAUAAGGGCAAACAUUGAGUUCAGAGGAGUAGAGAGAGUCAUUCUGCACCUAAACAGUUCCUCUGUGUCAUCCUGGACAGUCUAACAAAGGGGCAGUUUUCUAUACCUAGCGAGUUGUGAAACGUACAGUGGAUUUGUUUGCAUUAAAAGUCUUUCUGUAAUCUACUGUGGUCUGAUUUUAAAUAAAAUAGCAUAUCUCUC